GCGCCGCCUGGCCCGUGGCGGGGAUGGUGCUGUGCAGCCUGGCCGCCUCCCUGGUCUCAGCGGACGAAGACUGCCUGUGGUACCUGGACAAGAAUGGCUCGUGGCACCGUGGCUUUGACUGCGAGUUCUCCUUUUGCUGCGGCAAUUGUUACCACCGCUACUGCUGCAUUGACCCCAUGAGGCUCAUCACAGAGCGGCAGCAAAAGCACUGCCUCGCCUUCAGCCCCAAGACCAUCGCUGGUAUUGCCUCUGCUGUGGUCCUCUUCAUUGCUAUCGUUACCACCAUCGUCUGCUGUUUCAUGUGCUCCUGCUGCUACCUGUACCAGAGACGGCAGCACAUGCGGACACCCUUUCAAGGCCAGGAGAUCCCACUGUCCAGCUACCCAGCUCAGCCCCCAGUUAUGUACCAUAUGGAUCCCAAAGCAGGACCCAUACCUCCACAACCAAACUAUGCACCAGUGGCUGUUUAUCCACCCACAGCCCCCUCUGCACAUUAUCCGAUGUAUCCAGCAGGCCCCCCACAGUACAACCCAUCAGCACCUCCUCCCUACGUCCCUUCACAGCCAAUGUACCCUGGAGCCUGAGGAGACCAGAGAGAGACUAGAAUGCGUGAUGGUGCAUUGACUGUAUGAAACCAAUGUAAGGUUGUGCUUAACAACACUCAACAAACUGGAUCAUUCUGUAUCAGUGACCUGCUUUCAUCAUUACUUACCAGUCUGCCAGUGGUUGUGUUGUCUGCAAAAUUAUCCAGCAAUGAUAUUAUUGUUUCUUCUGUAUCAUCAGUAGAGAUCUAGAAUAGCUUUGGGCCAGGAUCAGACCCCUGCAGGACCCCAUAGGAAACGUUCUCACUGGUUCAAGUUCUUCAUUAACAAUAAUAUUGUGAGAUCUGGCAGAGGGCUGGGUAGUUUUGCACCUUACAGACUGACUAAAGCAGAGAUGCAUAAGGUUUCAUUGAUCUACCAAUAGUCUAUUUUCCAUCCAUUUAACAUGGACUGUAACAACUUUGUAUUGUACUGUUUUUUAAUCAGAAUAUUGGUCUAAUUAAAAGGUGGUACUGAGUUAGACUCCUUACAGAGAUCAAUAAAUACCUAAAUUUGUAAUCCCAGUAAAGAACUACCAUAUUUGUUUGACAAGACCAAUUUUCCAUGAAAAUCAGUUGAAUAAUGUUAACUUAAUACCUCUUGUUUCUUUAUUGAUAGGAUCCUGUAUCAGCUGUUCCAUGCUUUUGUCCAGGAUCAGUGUUAAGCUAACCAGCCUAUGGGCAUCAGGAUUGUUCUGUUUUGUUUUUUUUUAAGGAUCAGCAUAUCAGUUUUCUGGAGUUGUUAAAAAAUUAACAUUAGCAAUUUGGAGAACUCCACGGCCAACUCCUUUAAAACUCUUGGGUGCAAUGUAUCUGGACCUGCUGAUUUAAAUUUAUGUAACACAAGUAGAUGGUAUUUAACUUUUCUUCUUAA